AUAGUAACCCUGCCCUGAAUCCGAUCCCACCACCGGGCACUGGGAAGAGUUUAGCGUAAGGAUUUCUUUUAAACCCCAAUAUGACAGUUGCUACCGGAGAUCCUGCAGACGAAGCUGCAGCUCUUCCCGGUCACCCGCAGGACACGUAUAACCCUGAGACCGACCAUGAAUGCUGCGAGAGGGUGGUCAUUAAUAUUUCGGGUCUGCGCUUUGAGACACAGCUCAAGACACUAGCCCAGUUUCCAGAAACCUUACUAGGGGAUCCUAAAAAGAGAAUGAGAUAUUUCGACCCGCUCCGGAACGAGUAUUUUUUUGACCGGAACAGACCCAGCUUUGAUGCAAUUUUGUACUAUUACCAGUCUGGUGGGAGGUUGCGGAGGCCAGUUAACGUGCCCUUAGAUAUCUUCUCGGAAGAGAUUCGUUUCUAUGAACUGGGGGAAGAAGCGAUGGAGAUGUUUCGGGAGGAUGAAGGCUACAUCAAAGAAGAGGAAAGGCCGUUGCCUGAGAAUGAGUUUCAGAGACAAGUGUGGUUGCUCUUCGAGUACCCCGAGAGCUCAGGCCCUGCCAGGAUUAUAGCUAUUGUCUCCGUCAUGGUGAUUUUAAUCUCCAUCGUCAGCUUUUGCCUGGAAACGUUGCCCAUUUUUCGGGAUGAGAACGAAGACAUGCAUGGCAGCGGGCUGAGCCAUCCCCCCUACUCCAACAGCAGCAUGGGGUACCAGCAGUCCACCUCUUUCACAGACCCCUUCUUCAUCGUGGAGACACUUUGCAUCAUCUGGUUCUCCUUCGAGUUCUUGGUGAGGUUUUUCGCCUGCCCCAGCAAGGCUGGGUUUUUUACCAACAUCAUGAACAUUAUAGACAUCGUAGCCAUCAUUCCCUAUUUCAUCACCUUAGGGACAGAGCUGGCUGAGAAGCCGGAAGAUGGUCAGCAAGGCCAGCAAGCCAUGUCCUUGGCCAUCCUUCGAGUCAUCCGCUUGGUGCGGGUCUUCAGGAUCUUCAAGCUCUCCCGACACUCCAAGGGGCUGCAGAUCCUUGGGCAGACUCUCAAGGCCAGCAUGCGGGAGCUGGGCCUCUUGAUAUUUUUCCUCUUCAUCGGCGUCAUCCUCUUCUCCAGCGCCGUCUACUUCGCUGAGGCCGACGAGAGCGAGUCCCAGUUCCCGAGCAUCCCCGAUGCCUUCUGGUGGGCUGUGGUUUCCAUGACGACUGUUGGCUACGGAGACAUGGUCCCCACGACCAUCGGGGGGAAAAUAGUGGGUUCCUUGUGUGCCAUCGCUGGCGUAUUAACGAUUGCCUUACCAGUGCCCGUCAUAGUGUCUAACUUCAAUUACUUCUACCACCGGGAGACGGAGGGAGAGGAGCAGGCUCAAUAUUUGCAAGUAACCAGCUGCCCAAAGAUCCCUUCUUCCCCUGACCUAAAGAAAAGCAGAAGUGCCUCUACUAUUAGUAAGUCUGAUUAUAUGGAGAUUCAGGAAGGCGUAAACAAUAGCAAUGAGGAUUUUAGGGAGGAGAACUUGAAGACAGCCAAUUGCACCCUAGCUAACACAAACUAUGUGAAUAUCACCAAAAUGCUAACUGAUGUCUAGUCGCUAAAAUCUAGUAACGCAUUUAAAGCUGAAGUGGAACAAUUGCAGAUAUUGAGUGCUGCUCUGCAUUGUAGUUAAUACAGUAUUUUCUACGGUGUAUAUUUGGUUCUGCAUGGGAAGCAAUAGCUGUGUAAGUGACUUUUAACCUUUGAUUUCCACACUGAAUAAGCGUUCGUGCGAAAAAAAAAAAACAACCCCAACCAAACCAUUUUGUUUCCCUUCUCCCAUCCCAGGCUUGUGGGUUUCCAAACGUGUGGAGCGGUUGGGCAUUUCAAGCAACGGGAUGCGGAUGCGGGGGGCAGCUCCGGGCCAUCCUGGGGUACCACGAAUGCCGGUCCCUGUCCCGUGGAGCUGGGAGACGGCCAGAUUCCAGGCGUGGGGAAUGGCCGGGAAAGGUCAGGCAGAGCUUAAUGAAGGGAAGGUGCAGCCCUGUGUCCGAAUUGCUUGAAGGCUUGGGUUUCCACCCCGGGAACGCCAAGUGCGAACGCUUCGCCCAGGCUCGUGUUUCAUAACUGAAAAUGCUGCAUGCUGCAAUAGUUUCAGCCACUGCAGUAUGC